AUAUGCUCGAUCGCGGCGAUGGCGAGGGCGGCGGCGUUCUCGCGGAGGAUUCUUGAUUGUUUUGAGUGAUCUGGGGACUCGCAUUUUGAUUCUGGAGGCCAUGGAAGGCGAGGACACGACUUGCCGAUCGCUGCUGCGGGAGCUCCAGACCAUCUGGGAGGAGAUGGGGGAGAGCGACGAGGAGAGGGACAGAAUGCUGCUCCAGCUGGAGCAAGAAUGCCUGGAUGUGUACCGGCGGAAGGUGGAUCAAGCGAAUUGCGCGAGGGCUCGGCUGCACCAGCUGCUGGCGGAUUCCGAGUCGGAGCUCGCGUCGCUCCUGUCGCUCCUGGGUGAUCGCCCUUGCACGUUAGAGAAGAGGUCGGGCACUACUCUGCGGGAGCAGCUCUUGUCCGUCUCACCUCAGUUAGAAUGCUUGCGUCUGAGGAAAGAGGAGCGGCUGAAGCAAUUUGAGGACGUCCAAUGCCAGAUACAAAGGCUCUCUCGGGAGAUAUCGCCGGGGACAUUGCAAGAGGCCGAGAAUGGACCUCUUUGUUGGAAAGAUUUAUCGCUGAGAAAGCUGCAUGAGUACCAUUGCCAGCUUCAAGAGCUUCAGGAUGAAAAGAGUAGCCGGUUUCACAAAGUCUCAGAGCUUCUCGAGGUUCUGCAGGGAUAUUGCGUCCUUUUGGGGAUAGACUACACCGAGGCUGUCAAGGAAGUGCAUCCGAGCCUUUGUGAUCCAGGCCAGAGCAGAAGUAUUAGCGAUGAGACGCUAGAGAAAUUAGGCAAGGCGAUCGAGGACAUGGAGAACGAGAAAAGUGAAAGACUGCAAAAGAUUCACAAUCUUGUUGCUCUCUUACGCGAGCUGUGGAAUCUAAUGGAUACACCUUUCGAAGAAAGGCAACCAUUUCGAAAUAUCAUCCGCAAUCUUGCGGCACCAGAGCACGAUCUAGCGGAGCCUUCUUCUCUUACUUUGAAAACCAUCGCACAGGCCGAAAAGGAGGUGGUUAGGCUAAAUCAGUUGAAAGUAAGCAGAAUGAAGGAACUUGUGCUGAAGAAGCAGGGAGAGUUAGAAGAAACUUGCAACAUGGCUCACCUGGACUGUGAUCCAAAUCUAACUCAAGAAAAAGUGGCAAGGUUACUGGAGUCAGGGAUAGUGGACUUGUCAGAGCUACUUGCUACAAUCGAAAGUAGUAUCGCGGAGGCGAAGGAAGAAUCACUCGGUAGACAAGAUAUAAUGGAAAGAAUGGAACGAUGGAUUAGUGCAUGUGAAGAAGAAAGUUGGCUUGAAGAAUACAAUAAGGAUGAAAGCCGCUUCAAUGCAACCAGAGGAGCACAUUUGAAUCUAAAACGUGCAGAAAGAGCUCGUGUCAUCGUGGCCAAACUCCCCAAUCUUCUUGAAUCAUUGAAGUCCAAAACGCGGUCUUGGGAGGACGAAAGAGGCAGGCCCUUCUUAUAUAACGGGAUUUCUCUACUGGCAAUUCUAGAAGAAUAUAGCUUGCUACGACGAGAGAAAGAAGAAGAAAAGCGCCGACUGAGGGAGGAGAAGAGAAUGCAGGAACAACUGCAAACUGAGCAGGAGCUGCUCUACGGCACAAAGCCGUCCAAAAAGGGACAGGUGGGACUUCGCGUGAGUGGAAACAAUGCAAACCGACGACUUUCGAUAGUCCCUGAGCCCUUACCCGCACCUAAGGCUAGCAAUCAGGGUCCUCAAAAGGGUAGCCGGGUGAAACGCUACUCUCCGAUGAUGAAUUACGUUGCCUUGCCUAAGGAUCCCGAAGCUUCUUCAAUUGGAUCAGCUCCGGAUUCUCCUGUUGCAGCAUGAAGCGGUUUUGAAAAUUAGGACGAUAAGCGGGGUUUAUACUGUAAGUAGAGUUUGUUUCUUUGCUAUCAAGGGUAAUCGCGUAUCCUUUCUCCAGUGCUCCGUGUUUUGUGUAUUCGGAAAGCGUAGGAGCGUGUGCUAUUUGUUCAAAGCUUUGAUUGGUGUAAAGCAUCGAUUCGAACUAAUUGUUUCGUAUUAAGUUUCAUUCAAGCUUCGGCUGUCGAGAAUUGACGCAGACAAGGUUCACACAGGUUAUGCUUUCAAAUGAUUGAAAGGCUCGCAGGCUUGACAUGCUAUGUACAAGAGAGCCGAAACAACGCUUUUAAACGGACUCCAUUCCUUGGCAGCGGGCAAGGACCAAAGCAUGGCCGGGGCCGGGGCUAGCUUACUUCCUGUCCUUCUCGAGAAUUCUCAGGGAUGCUUCACCAAAAGCGGCUACAACAUCUUCCCUGUUGCAGGCUGCAAGAAAGACACCGGGCCACCUUUCAAAGACGGCUGCGGCCUCGCAUUCUCCGUGAACGUGACCGACACUCCGGAUCCACACUCGCAGCGCGUUGGAAAGUACCCGGGAGUGGAGUUCUUCGUGGACAACGGCACCAUCGCACACCUGUCUGGGCAUGUCACCUUGGAUGAUCUCCAGUGCACGGUGAGCUUCCAGGACGGACCGGGGCUAGAGAGACUAUGCGGCCUUGUUUAGAGCCUCUGGAAGUGUCCAGGAGAAGGACAUUAGCUCCAGCGCGUCCAAGAGACGACUCUGGUACUUACCUGGAGACCACGUAAGAAGUUUUGGCCUUAUAUCGGUGCCAUUUUAGCUGAAGCGGACACGAUUUUUCGAUCA